AUGCUCACGCGCCUGAUCGCCGGCUCAGGCACAUCUCCGACCAAGCAAAGAACAAAUACACCUGCGGAACGCCUUGCAACCUGUAAGAGCAUUUGCAAUGCUCUGACUCAAACCUGGCGCAACGGCAGCCUUGAACGCGAAGACGACGCCGCCAUAGUCUAUACCACAAAACUCCUGCAACGUCUGGAGACGAUCCUCCAGGACGAGUCGCGCAGGGUCGCACCCCAUUCCUGCCUGCGUUAUGUCGCCUCAAGCCAGACAUACAUCAUCAUCACAAAGUUGGCGGUUUCCUCGAGGCAUGUGGACAUAAUCAAGACCUCGGCGGAGUUGUUCCAUAUCCUCCUCAACGGAGAGACAGAAGGGCUGUUAGACAGCAAGUUGUUCUCAAGGUCCUUGUUAGAUCUGGUCUGGUACGCUACAAUUGGGGGAAGGAUCAUUGUGGAAGAACGCUUGGAGACCGAUCUGGUUGAACUGUUGUUCGAGAUCGCGACCAAGAUCCGGUUGGAUCCAGACAUCCUCCCUGCCUGGUUCUACCCCGACCGUGAGGUUGCCCCCGGCCGGAAUGCUGCAGACGACCCCAGAAAGAGCCAAUUUCCCCUGUUCCACGUCCUCGUUCAAUAUGUUCACAAUGACGGUUCGGUGGGUGACUUCGCGCGGACGGCAUUGCUGUACUUGACGGAGACGGCAUCCAAGUUUCGGCCCUUGGAAACAUGGAUGCUCGAGAGCGAUCUAGCACCUCAAAUGGCUAGUGGCCUGGGUGCCUUAUACAGCAGAUUGAGCAGGCAGUCGGUCUAUCUCACAAGCCCAAUCCCACAACCUCCCAUCGUUGUUCUGUCGGACAACCCCCAGACCAUUGCUUCGCUCGCCGAGCCGCCCCUGGACGGCCAGCAGGAGCUCAAGUCAUUCUUUUCGUAUCUGGCGUUUUGGCAAGAUACCCUAAGCCACUGCAGAUCUGUCGAAGUCUGUGAUACCUUGCUUGACCACUUUCAAGUUCUCUUCGUUCAACAGCUUCUCUACCCUUCUUUGCUUGAGUCGUCAGACGUCGAAGGAGGCUCGACUGCAGCGGUUAUUACCCACUUGUCGCGAAUCCUUACUGCACUCGACCAUUUCCAGCUUGUCGACCGCAUUUUGCGAUACCUUCUCGCGUCGCCAAAGGAGCCCCAAGAAACCUCGGAAAAGUCUCACCGACCACAGCGCAUGUCUGUCAGUCGGAGGAAGUCGAUAGAUCACUUGAAGGCUUUGGCGGAAGUCGACGAUAGCCCUUCGCCUGACCUUUUCAACCUUCUUGACCUAAUGGUCAUGAGCUUGCAGUCUAGUCAUUCGGAAACAGUCAGUGCUUGCCUGAAGUUGUUGUCCAUCAUUGUGCAGAGACACCAUUGUCAUGUCCCUACAGACGUGUUCAGGCUGGAGCCUGCGUCACGCUUCGCGGGUCCGAGCGAGGUAGAUCAGUUCAACGAUCACCUUUGCAGACUUUUUGAUUAUACUGCGGCUAUAGCCAGCUAUGAAGACAUGGACGGUUCUUACCAAGCUGCUCUGUCAGACGGCCAGGUUUUGCUUGAGCAGCACAGUUGUUUCAGGACAAGCCGGGCCGAUAACGAGACCCUGGACACGAGACGCAUGUCCAUCGCCCGAGAAUGCAAGCUUUACGAUGCGGUCAUCGGCUUGCUACGCAACUUUUUCGCCAACGACACCGUCACAAACUUAUACCUCACCGAAGCUCUGCUUGCUCUGGCCGCUUGCGAAGGAAUGGAUCUUCAUGGCUGGCUGCUACCUUUCCAUGAAAAGGACCAAGCAGAGGAUGGUUCUGCUUACAACAUCACGUUUAUUAUUGGCGAUUUGAUCGAACAAGUCCGCCAGUGGAAAUCUCAAUUUCCCGGAUGGGACAACUUGAUUCGUGAGAGGAGGCUACAACUCUCGAAGGAAGAUCUACCAGGCCGGCACCCAGAGGAGACAAUUACGGCCCAGAGGGGUGAUUCACUCCCCAGGCCUCCUCUUUCUGGCCAACCACGGCCAGUCACACCGAGCGGGAAAAAGACAAGAACCACGCGUUCCGGAUCAAGAGACCGGCCGACCUCGAAGGCCGGGGCCAGCGCACCCACGCCGGCAGGCGAACAUGCUAUGACACCGCAAGAUCCAUCAUUCCCUUCCGCAUCGUUGCUGAAGACACAGGUGACUCUAUUGAAUACCAGAGCGCCCGAAGAGGCCUCAGCAUCAUUACCACUGCACGCCGGGCGCAAACAGGAUGGCAGCCCCGAGCCUGGCUCGCAUCGUCUCGCUCUGGUGGAUCAUGGAGAGUCCGGCAGCGUCACACCGGGCGACCAAGACGGCCACACCAUACGAAACCAGGCCAGUCUUAGCCAUGUGUUGACCAAUGCGAUCAUCCUUCAAGAGUUUAUCCUUGAGGUUGCGGCUGUGGUGCAGCUGCGAGCGACACUUUUCGACGAAGUCCGAUUCGAGGAAUAG